AUGAUGAAUGAAAGAAAAUGUGAAAUUGCCUGUGCAUUAAUGGGGAUGGUAGAAAUAACCAUAAUAUAUAUUCAAUUCUCAGAAUUAAUCGUGGGUGAUAGAUCACCAGAUAUAGAGUCCGACGCGGAGGAAACUCAGCCAUUUCGAACAGAAAAUGAUAGCAACGAGUCCUCAAUAACCCCGAAUGCAGACCAGUUCGCAAACUUUCACGUCAACCUUCCAGCAAGAAACGACUUAACACCGAGCGACUAUGACUACGAUUUUGAAAAUUUCAGAGUGGAAUUUGGAAGAGGUAAGGAAGAGAAAGAGGUGGAUGAGGAAGAGGACAAAGAGGAUGAAGAUGAAGAAGUGGAAAUUGUAUCAGAACCUAAAGAGAGACUAACAACGGAGACGAGGGAAGUUGCUAGGACCGAAUCAUUUGAUAAAGUGUCAACAAUAACAACAGAACGUUCGUCACGUGUGGGCGAAGGAGGAUCAGUAAGUUCGAGAGAGAAUGUGGUAUCGAAAGAAUUCGAAGUUCCGAGGCCAAGAAUAAUCAGAAGUAGGCCAGAAAAGGAAAGAGAAAAACUGGCAACAGGACGAGAACUCACAAGAGGAGAAAAGAGACCAAUGUCAACGAGCGGAGGAACGCAGCCAUCAAAAAGGAAAUAUAUGACACCAGCUGCAGUAAUAUCACAGUAUGCAAAGGGAAAUUUGACAAAUUCAGAAGCAAUGGACGCAAUAAUGAAAUUUAGAGUAAACAAAAUGUUGCCAAAGAAAGUGGACGGAGUGUACAUGGACAAGGAAGAAGUAAAAAUACCGAAAGGAUACAGUUUCGCAAAACACAAAAAGUCCAAAUCGAAAAGAGGAAGAAUAGGACUGACGAGAAUAGAAAGAGAGAUAAGAGCAUACCAAGAAAGCACGCAGAUGCUGAUACCGAGGUCAAUUUUCGCAAGAAUAGUGAGAGAAAUAGCACAAGGAUGGUUCAAAGGAGAGGGGCAAAUUAAGUUCACAGUGGAGGCACUGGCGGCACUGCAGGUGGCAACGGAAGACGAGAUAAUAAGGCUGCUGGAAAUAUCGACUGCGUGCUCGUACCACGCGAAGAGAAUAACGCUGAGAGUGGAUGACAUGAGGCUGGCAAGGUUCUGCCGAGGAAGGCAGAACUACGAGUUCACGAACAUAAACUAG